AUGUCCGGAGGUUCCAAGCAACCGCAUGGUAGUGUCGAAUCUGAUAAAGCACUUGGGCAAUCAGUUUCGUCAGCCUCCACUCCAACAGGUAAACGCCAGAAGCGUAAGUUUAAGCUGCAGGAAAAGCUGCUAAUCAUGGAGCAGCUAGAUGCACUCGUCCACCGUCGCGGCGUAGCGAAAGGUAAGGUAACCAAAAUUUUUAAUACUUGCCAUUCCGACGACGGUACCCUUACCCUAACCGAAGCUCAGGUAAAGGUUUACACUCGAAAGCUAGAAGCCGCCUAUGCUGAGUAUCUAAAGAUUCAGGAUCAGAUAAUAGGCAUGGUGUCCGCUGAUGAGCGUGAACCGCACGACGAGCAUUUUGACACCUUUGAUAGUUUGCACGAUGAAGUAUCUAUCAUUCUCGAAGAGCAAGCUAGUAGGUUUAAUCCUAGUUCCCAUGCCUUGGCUGCAAACGCCAGCCAAUUUCAAGCCGUUGCUGUUCCGCAAGCACCUGUCGUGGUACAUCAACCUCUCCGAAUGCCAAUUCCCACGUUUGACGGUCGCUACGAAAGUUGGCCGAAAUUUAAAGCGAUGUUCAAAGACCUAGUAGAUAGAGGUCCUGAUCCGCCAGCAGUAAAACUAUACCACCUAGAUAAGUCAUUGAUUGGUAGUGCAGCUGGUCUAAUAGAUGCAAAGACCAUCAAUGAAGGCAAUUAUGCUCAUGCAUGGCAACUGCUGGAGGAAAGGUACGAAAACAAACGUCACUCAAUCGACAAUCAUAUAAGUGGACUGCUCAACCUAAAGCGAAUGUCGAAAGAGAACCACAGUGAGUUACGAAAUCUGGUUGAUGAAUGUACCCGACACGUAGAAAGUUUAAAAUACCUGGAACAAGAGUUUACUGGUGUAUCGGAACAGAUUCUGGUCCAUCUGUUAGCAAAGGCUCUAGAUAAAGAGACCCGAAGACGUUGGGAGACAACCAUCGUUCAUGGUGAAUUGCCUCAGUAUGCUGAUACCCUCAAGUUUCUGAAAGAUCAGUGCUUUGUUUUAGAGCGUUGUGAAUCGACAACGAAGCCCCAACAAACUCAAUCGAAAACAGUUACAACAGCGAAACCAAAUUCUCAAAAAUCAUUUGCGAUUACUUCUAGCGAGUACGAAGUCAAGUGUGACUUCUGUAGUAAGCCACAUGCAAACUUUACCUGUUCCGAAUUUAGAUCCCUUUCUAUACCGCAGCGACUAGCCAAAGUACGUGAGAAAAGGGUUUGCUUUAAUUGUCUGAGAAAAGGGCAUCAAGGUAAGAAUUGCCCGUCUGAUAAGACUUGCUUCAAGUGCAAGCGACGUCACCAUAGUCUGCUCCAUUUAGAGGAAAAGCCACAAGCAACCGAAGAAAAUUCUCCUGCUCAAGUAGAAGCAUCAGCGAUGCAAGAUGAAAACAAACAGCCAAGUCAGUCACAAUUAACAACCGCCACCUGUUCAUCUAGUAAGACCAGACCAAAGCAGCAUGUGCUGUUGCUCACGGCCGUAGUAGAUGUCAUCGAUGCAAACUGCAAUUCCCACCCCGUUAGAGUUUUACUUGACUCAGCCUCGCAGGCUAACUUGAUAUCUAGAUCUAUGGUUGAAAUCCUAGGCUUGAAGCAGCGUCCAUCCAAUGUAGUUGUAGCAGGAGUAAACAACAUAAAGAGCCAUGCUUCGAGCAGUUGCGUCGUAACAGUACACUCGCGAUACUCCAAUUUUGUAGCUGACGUGAGUUGCUUGGUGACAGACAAAGUCACAGCCGACUUGCCAUCCACAUCCAUCGAUGUAGGUUCAUUGAACCUUCCGACCGGUGUGCGACUAGCAGAUCCACAAUUUUACCAGAAGGGUAAGAUCGACAUGCUGCUAGGAAAUCAAUUGUUCCUCAAAUUGAUACUGCCAGGGGAAAUCACGCUUUCUGAUAACACUCCUAUCCUACGAGAGACACAGUUUGGUUGGGUUGUCGGUGGUACCUAUGAUGAAAGUCCAACUGCUGUUCCAGUGGUCCAUUCGCAUUCCGUCACCCUUGAGGAUUUGAAUUCUUCUAUCAAAAGAUUUUGGGAAGUAGAAGAUGCGCACGGCAGUUCAAAGCGUGGCAGCGAAGAAGAAGAGUGUGAACUGCAUUUUCAGACCACCCAUCGACGGGACGCAACUGGUAGAUAUAUCGUACAGCUGCCUUUGCGUGACACAAUAAGCGAGCUUGGUGAUUCCCGUUCCGUAGCAUUGCGAAGAUUCCGUGCAAUGGAAAGAAGAUUUGCUCAGCUGCCAGAGCUGAAAAAACAGUACGUUGAGUUCAUGACUGAAUAUGAGGAGCUUGGACACUGCAAGGAAAUAAGUGAAGAUAAUGAUUUGCCAGGUAUAGUAAAAUGGUACUUACCACAUCAUGCUGUGUUGAAACCGUCGAAUACUACCACCAAGUGCCACGUGGUGUUUGACGCUUCUGCAAAGGUCUCUGGUUGUUCCCUGAAUGACGUACUAAAGGUAGGUGCCAUUAACCAGAGUGAUUUACAGUCUAUAGUGCUCCGCUUUCGUGAGCCACAAUAUGUUUUAUCUGCCGACAUUACUAAAAUGUAUCGACAAAUCGUUGUCGAUGACUGCCAUACUCCCCUACAACGUGUAUUUUGGAGACAAGAUCCAUCGUGCCGACUUCGCGUGCUAGAAUUGACUACUGUCACCUAUGGCACUGCUUCCGCUCCUUUCUUGGCCACAAGGGCACUACAACAGUUGGCAAUCGAUGAAAAAGAAAGGUUUCCUAUUGCUGCUGAUGUUAUUCAGAAUGAUUGCUAUAUAGACAAUGCAUUAUUUGGGUUCAAUGACCUCAUCAAAACUUCCACCGCACAAGAACAGUUGAUUGAACUUCUUUCCUCCGGUGGCUUCCAUCUGCAUAAAUGGUCGUCAAACAGUGUCGAAUUGCUGGAAAAGAUUCCUGAGGUUGAUCGUGAAGAACUAGUAUCCAUCGGCACAAACGAAGCAAUCAAAACGCUGGGUUUAAUGUGGAACCCUACAUCAGAUGAGUUGAUGUUUAUUUCGUUUCCUAUGUCCAACACUGAGGUAGCAACCAAAAGACAACUGUUGUCAGUGAUAGCACGAAUGUACGAUCCAUUAGGUUUAGUAGCACCGGUGAUCGUUAUCGGGAAACUCUUGAUGCACAAAACCUGGAAAGAGGAAAUUGAUUGGGAUGACGUAAUCACUGGUGAAUUGAAGCAAGAUGUUGAUAAUUACCUGAAGGCCAUAAGUGGUGUCAACACAAUUCGUAUUCCACGCCGGGUGGUGCGUUCAAAUGCCACUGUCGUUGAGCUGCACGGUUUUGCCGAUGCUUCCAUGUACGCUUAUGGAGCGUGCAUUUUUAUUAGAUCCGUUGUUCCUGGAAAUCAAGCUGCCGUUCAGUUAUUGACCGCAAAAUCAAAAAUAGUACCAAAGAGUGUACUCACCGUUCCUCGUAAAGAAUUGCUUGCGGCCCUUUUGUUACACCGCUUAGUGAAGAAAAUCCUUUCUGCAUUGAAUACUGUAUUCGAUGAAAUAGUUUUGUGGUCUGACAGCCAAAUUGUGCUCGCAUGGUUGCAGAAAAAUCCCAGCCUACUAGAUGUGUUCGUUUCCAACCGUAUUGCAGUGAAGCAUCAAAAUGCACAGCAACUGCUGAAUAACACCCAAAGAUCUUGCAAUCAGUGUUGCGAUCAAAAUUAA